AUGAGGUUUAACCCUGACAAAUGUGCUUUUGGAGUCCAAGGAGGGAAAUUCCUUGGCUUCAUACUAACCUCACGAGGUAUAGAGGCCAACCCAGAGAAAUGCAAUGCAGUGCUGAGCAUGACAAGCCAAAAGACAGUAAAAGAAGUCCAGCAAUUAGCAGGGAGAAUAGCCACCCUAUCACGUUUCCUACCCGCAAUGGCAAGCCGAUCUUAUCAUUUCUUCCAGACAUUCUCUAAGUGCAAGAAAUUCACAUGGACAGACGAAUGUGAAAACUCCUUUACGAAACUCAAACAGCUCUUAGCAUCACCUCCAAUACUCCAGAGACCAGAGGCAGACCAACCAUUAAGGCAGAUAUUAACCAGACCCGAGCUUGCCGGACAGUUAAUAAAGUGGUCAAUCGAACUCUCCGAGUUCGACAUUCAGUACGAGUCGAGAAAAACUCUCAAGUCACAAGUACUUGCUGACUUCGUAUCGGAAAUGACUAAUGAAACACAACACACAGUAGCCAAUUGGAGUAUACAUGUAGAUGGAGCAUCAAACAAAGAAGGAAGCGGAGCUGGGGUAUUGUUAAAAGAAGGAGAGAAAGUGAUAGCCGAGCAAUCACUAAAAUUCCGCUUCAAUGCAAGUAACAACCAAGCGGAGUAUGAAGCUCUACUAGCAGGACUAAAGCUCGCCCAACAACUCAGGAUACCUCAGAUAACAGUUUACUGCGACUCAUCACUGGUAGUACAUCAAAUCAAAGGCGAGUACCAGGUACCAUAUUGGAGAACACCUUUUCUCAAUUACAUCAACACAGGUGCCAUACCAAACGAGGAGCCGAACUUGCCACUCUUCCGAAGAAGAGCAAGUUUCUAUACAGUACUCGGCAAUACCCUGUACAGGCACGGACACUCCCAACCACUCCUCAAAUGCAUCAGCAAUGAGGAAGCCGAAGAUGUCAUGGCAGAAAUGCACGAAGGGGGAUUAAAGAAAAAGCUCGGCGAGGCUAAAGGAGAGUGGGCCGACCUCAUUCCAGAAAUCCUAUGGAGCUACAAUACCAGCAUUCAAUCUGCUACAGGAGAAACUCCUUUCAAGCUGGUAUAUGGUGCAGCAGCACUGAUCCCAGUAGAGGUCAGCGUCCCGACAUUAAGGGCCGAACUUUAUAAUCAAAUGAACAACUUGCAAGCUCGAGCAGCCGAGCUGGAUCUUAUGGAAGAAGAAAGAGACAUCUCAGCCAUAAAGCAACCAGCCAGGAAGCAGAUCAUAGAGCGAAGACACAACAAAAGGGUAGUUCAUAGGUCCUUCAAUAAAGGAGACCUCGUACUCAGACGAACAGAAGAAGCUCGGAAACCUCCAGCACAUGGCAAAUUAGCAGCAAAUUGGGAGGGACCUUUCUGA